UCGGGCGUUAAAAGUAUAUGCCCGUCCUCACAUCUCUUACCAUUCAAACAAUGGAAGUGGAAGCAAAGCCUCUUCAUCUCUCUGGCCCUGUGAAGCUACUCCCAGACCUUCUAGAAUCACCCAAAGCUGCAUCGUUUUUCUGGCUCUGACAGCGCUCAACGGAGCUCGAGAAUGUCUCCAAUGGCAGUUUUGACGCACGGAUCGUUGCUGUUCCGGCCCGCGGAGAUGUCCAAACCGUUCAACAGACCACCUGUGAGGCACUCCAGCUGUUCCAAUGUCCGUCGUAGGUUGUUUUGCGGAGAGAAUAUAGAAAAAUUAGUUUUCCGGUUAUUUAGACCCCAAACUUUCAGGAUAAGAAGUUAACAGCAGGAAGGUGCAGAAAAAAAUGGGGCUGCAACGUCAAAAGAAGUUGCAGAUGGUCAAGACAAAAUAUCUCAUACGGUUCUUGGAAAUGAUAAAAAUACUCAGCCCGGUGCUGGGAUGUCAUUUCUGGCUAAAAUUGCCAUUGUGGUGGGCAUUGCUGCAACAAUCACACUAAUCUCUAUUGGUGUCAAAAGGCCUGUUCUUGGAUCCUCACUCGGGUUUCAGUUUCUCCCUGAAAGUUCAUCCUCUUCAGUAAUGGCUUCACCUCCUGUUGGUUUCGCCUUCAAAGCCUUUGGGUACAGAAUAUUAUUGCCUGAAUAUGCACCUGGGUGGAUUUACUUUUGGUUUCUUAUGGCUGCUGGUUUUGGUCUUUUCAUCAGUGAAGAAGCUUUAAAUAUUUGGGUUGGCAUAUCUUUAGCGCGGAUGCUGUCUUUGGACGGGACAUGGCAGUCUUUUGCUGAAUCUUUCUCUAGGAAUGCUGGAUAUAUUACAUCAACAAUUUUGUGGGUGUACUGGGGAGUGUGCAUUAGCGACUUGAUACCGUUUUACUUUGGAAUGCUUUUCCGGCGGUCGGGGGCUUCUGAUGAUGUUUGUUCAAAGUUGGGGAUUGGCAAAGAGAGAGCUUUGAGCAUAACUCGUGCGGUUCAAAAAUAUGGCAAUCUCAUUGGUUUUGUUGAACGAUUUUCCCUGGGAGUGAGAAACCCAACAGCUUUUUUGGCCGGGGCAUUGGGGAUAUCCCCAGAUUGUUUCUUCGCUGGAGUUUGUUGUGGUGGGUUGAUCACUCUUCCAAUUCAGUUGGGGAUAGGAUUCCUGAUGAGAGAGCGCCCCUUACUUGCCCUUGCUACAGUGGCAACAGUUGUGGGAAUUUGGACUAUUUUUCCGUACGCGCUGGCUGCUUCAACAGCAUUGUUUCUUUUCAUGAAACGCCGGUACUCUAGCUAGCCAGAUUCUAUUACACAACU